AUGGUCUAUCAAUUCCAACGAUCAAACUAUCAAUACCUGCUGCCCAUCCGCACACUGCGCCUGUUUGUUGCGGGCCUGGUGACAUUCCUUGUGAUCCCCCUGGUGUCACUCUGGAGCAUAUCAUUCAAUUGCCAAGGCGGCUACAUCAUCCACUUCCCCAAGCCUGUCACGUGCUACUCGGGCCUCAACCUGGUGACCAUCAGUUUGUCGAUCAUCUCGCUGCUGAUACUGGUGCCCUACUCGGCCAUCACAUGCUCGACCUAUUUCGAAAUGGAUCCGCAUGUCAAGAACACAUUCUCCAGGAUGAAUGCACGACUUAAUCAAUUGAGAACCGCGCUCAUGGCAGUGUGUCUGUGGGCCGCAGUAUGUCUAAUGAUCGUACUUCAGAUCAACAAUGCAAAGGACAUCCGAAUCAUGUAUAUUUUCUUUGGUGGUAUUAUCCCCGCCUUUUUAAUUGGUGCGGCGGCAAUUGAACUGCGUCGAAUGUACUUGGCUAAAAGAGUUCGGGAUUUCCAGAAGAAUGUGUUGGAGGAUGGAGGUGAUUGGAAACCAUUUUUAUUGUCGAUAGAUUAUGAGAUUGCUUCAAGAUAUAUUAUAGGCAAUCCAUUGCAUAAGUCUGAUGACGCCAGGAAGAAGAGAGAGCAGGGUAUCGAACUCAUGAGCUCACUCUACGCCUACGCCUACAAGCUCACGCCACGCUCACACUCGCUCCUCAAGUCCUACUGCUACUUCACCAAGAUCUUCAAGAAGGACCAGGUGCAAGCCAACGCCCUGCUCGAGAGCCUAAAGGCACUCAACCCUCGAUGGGACAUCAACUUCUUUGUCUAUCACCAGGAGCGUGCGCGCGAGCGCACCAAUGAGACCGCGGGCUUUGGCCCCAACCCCAAGAUGCAGCACUUCAUGGCCUACGUGCAGUACAAGCGCCUGGGGCUGCUGUCGCGCAAGUUCCAUCUCAAUACACUGAGGUGCAUCCACAAGUUUUGGUCGAUUGCCGCUUCAAAGAAUGCCAGCGAGUUUGCUCAGUUGUCCAGGCAGUCGGCGGCCAUCACGAGGAAUGAGUCCAGGGCCAACAGAUAUUACAAGCGAUUGUUGGAGAUGCAUCCCAACUCGAGUCGUAUCCUGCGUGACUAUGCCAUCUUUGUCGAAGACGUGCUCAAGGACAGCGACAAGGCCAAAGAGUUGCUGGACCGUGCAGCCAAGAUUGAUGAGGAGAACAGUGUGCUCAGCCAUCCCCCACUUCCAACCUCAAGUUCAGCGAAUGCCAAUGUGAUGCCUGGUGCAACACCCUCGACCCCAUCAUCGCCAUCGUCAUCCUCGUCCUCAAUGUCCAAUGAGAUUGAGUUGGAGCCACUGCCGGUGCCAUCACCAGCCUCUGGCGUGUUGAUUAGGAGUGGCGAUAACAAUGACCGCAUGAGGGUAAUGGCACAGGAGGAGGAGGAGACCACUUUGGAGAACUUGCCAGAGCACUCAAUUAUACCAAAGGUCACUGGCACCACCGACCCACUCGACCGAACACUCUCAAACAUGUCCUCGCAACAUAGUACAUCGAGCAACUCACUAAACUCCUCUCAGAGGAUGCACAGGUUUGGUGAGAUUGAGCCCACAUUGGACCAGCCACCUAUUCUGGAUGGCAAGGUGGCGGCAGUUGCCGUUCCUGUUGAGACCAAGGCCGACCAGGAGAUCAGGAAGCGCAAUCAACCAGUGCGCAGGCUCAACUAUGUGUUGAUAUUGGCAACAGGGCUGGGAGUGCUCCUGAUGAUGGCCAUAUUUACUCAUCUGUUUGUUAGGCUCCAGGAUCAAACAUAUGCAGUGACGAGACUCAGGAUCACAGGCUCGUACGUCACCACCGCCAGCAACAUUGCAUUCUACAUGCGCUCUGCACAGGUGGCCGCGCAGGCCUACGCCAAGAACCCGACCGUGGCAAACUACAACACCACACUCAAUCAAACAAUGACACUCUGGCGUCGAUCAGUCCAACUGAUGAACCUUCACAAUGCGAUAUACUAUGGCGAGCGAACCAUUGUCAACUAUGAUCGUGAUCACUACAAGCUGGUGACGGGACGACCCGUCACAACUGGUAUCGACACAGGUGCUCGCAUCUUCCUCGAGUCUGACUUCAACAAGACCAAGUACGAAGUGCUGCCCGGCUCAGAGAUGUACGAGUUCUACCACGCCAAGAACAUACAGACUUACACACUAGGCGUGGACGGCGCGCUGAUACCCAACGACUCAGUCUCACUCUAUGACGUGAUACCGCAGCGUGUUCAGUAUGGUAUCGACCUGUCACAAUACCCAGUCAACUCGUCGUAUUGGACGCCGGCACAGUCUGACUCUGACCCCAACUUCCAAUGGGUCACGGUCAACACCAAGAAUGUAGCGCGAUCAUUGGUAACAUUGUUCUUCAAAUGGAAGGACAACACAAUCCAGCUGGAACGAGUGUUGAUGCUUGUGAACAUUGGCAUAUCCAUUGGAGUCCUGUUGUUGAUACUGGUGUUCAACAUAUUCAUGGUGCGUCCAAUCGUCAACAAGAUUGUAAACACCAAGAUCGAGGUGUUGGGCGCAUUCCGAACAGUACCAAAAGACCUGGCCGAUCACAUGGCCAACCUACAUCUCAAGCGAAUGUAUCAACUCGAGGCUGAGAUGAAGCAACAUCAACCUAACAAGCAAGGACAUGACUCUGGCCUGGACACACCCACCCUGGACUCGGGCGACACCCCUGGCAAGCCUUCAAAGAUCCAGUUUGCUGACUCUACAUAUGAUGAGUCUGCGCCAACGUCGCCCAAGGACAUGGAAAAGGACAAUGACAAUACCCUGGCAAUCACACACGACAACAUGCUCAAGAAGAUGAAGACAAGGGUGUCGAGAAGCCUUCAUCGAAGAUAUAUUGUAGCCGAAGUGAUCGUUGGAUUCUUGAUCCUGGGAUUGUUGGUGUCUACUUCGGCACAGAUGAACAGAAUUCUGGUCAAGACCAAUCAAGUAUAUUAUGCCGAAGGUCAAGCAGCAUACAUCAGAAUGAUAUUGUAUUAUGGCCAAGAGAUCAUUUAUAAUCCAGUGAUGCGCGAGGAUAUGCAGACAGGCAUUGGCGAGUCGGUCGCGGGCAUGGAGGACGACUACCACCAGCUCAAGCAAUGGCGCAACAAUGACAAGAUGGAUGGACCCGACUUUUAUUACAACACAAGAGGCACAUGUCUUCGCAAGCUGGACCCGUGUCUGAAGGAGGGCGACAAGUACUAUGAUAUUAUCGAGCAGGGUUUGGACGUGAUCACACUCAACUACUUCAGCUCAGGUCGCAAUCUAUCGGCCAACAAGAAUGCAACCGAGUUGACGCCGGCCAACUACUAUUGGGGCUACAUCAAGAUGCAGUCUAAAGAGGACCUGUACGACGGCACCGACAACUAUGCCUAUGAGAUUGGCGAUCAACUGGUCAACUACGUUCAAAUAUGCUCACUGUCCACCAUCGUCCAAGCUGUACUAUUCUCAUUCUUUAUAGUCAUUAUUUACUUUAUCUUCUUCCUGCCCUUUGUACGACAACUUCAAUUCGAGUCCCAAAACACUGUUUCCAUGCUCAAUAUGCUUCCAAAAGAACAAUAG